AUAAUGGUAUAAAUUAUUUAAAAGUGUGUGCAUGACAUUGCAUUAUAUUUGUUGCAGCAAGUGAUGUGACUGUCAAAAUCACAUAUGUUUACGUAUUUGAAAAAAAGGGAAACACAGCAACAUCUGCGGAUUGUUUUUUGACAAAUCAUGUGAAUGGACUUUGCUUACAAGCAAAAUACUACAAACUUGACAAUCAGUAAUAUGUGAAAUCUUAAAGCAGCAUACUAAGGUGAACUUUUUAUUUAUUUAUGUAGCUUAAAGGACUUAAGGAUAACACACUGUGAGUGCAAUUUGUUUGGGAUUUUCACUGGUGUGUGUCCUCAAAUUGACUUGAUUAAAUUUUCGACGUGUCAGCCAUGUUUUCUGGGAAGCGACUCAAGCCUGUGCGAUACUCUCGCUCUUUCCACGUCAGAGAUCGCGCCGACCCCAGUCCAAGGGUCGAGGCCACUCCUGGGUCACCCACGGUUACCACAACCAUGGGGUCCACGGUGCGAGACCUUCGGGACUUCCUGUUAGAGGCGGAGUUAGAACACUACCUGAGCGCAUUCAGGAAUGAGCUAAAAAUAGCGUCAGUCCCGCAGAUAAAGUAUGUGGCAGAGGAGGACCUGCAAAGUAUCGGGAUGACAAAACCUGAGAUGAGACGAUUGAAGAAGUUCUUCAAGAAAGAGUGUCCGCAGGGCAAACUGGAGAAAUUUAAAAGGGCAUUAUUAGACCGGGCGAACCUGACAGUCAGCCCCAGCACUCGCACCUUGAGCCCGUCCUCCGAUCACCGCAUCUCCCGCCCGAUAUCGUACAUAAGGCCCACGGGAAAACAGAUCAUCUCUAGCGACCUGAUAGAGGUCAAGAGGACCCUGGGCGAAGGAGAGUUUGGGGUCGUCCAGGAAGGGGUCUGGACUACUGAGGCAGGGGAGAAGGUGGAGGUAGCAUUGAAGUGUCUCAGCAGGGACCGCAUGGAGAACGGUACCCAGGAGUUCCUGAAGGAGGCUGGGCUUAUGCAGACCAUUGACCACGGGCACAUCGUACGCAUGUACGGGGUCGUACUGGACAAGGAAAACUCACUCAUGUUGGUGACGGAGUUAGCCCCCUUGCGCUCCUUUCUGGAAUGCCUGAAGGACCCCACCCAGAGACAGCACCUGACAUUGGCGCGACUGUGCGACUUCACGCAACAGAUCAGUGACGGCAUGGCGUACCUGGAGAGCAAGCGUCUCAUUCACAGGGAUCUCGCAGCCAGGAAUAUACUCAUGUUCUCGCACACAACUGUGAAAAUCAGUGACUUUGGGCUGUCCCGAGCGCUAGGCCGGGGGAAGGACUACUAUCAGAGCAACUUCACCAUAAACCUUAAACUGCCUAUAGCCUGGUGUGCACCAGAGUGUAUCAACUACCUGAAGUUCACGUCCUCCAGUGAUGUGUGGGCGUUCGGCGUCACGCUGUGGGAGAUGUUCACAUACGGAUGUCAACCCUGGGCAGGGCUGAACGGGCAACAGAUCCUUGAUGCAAUAGACUCUCCCAACUUUCAUCGCCUAGAUCAGCCGGAACUGUGUCCCAGGAACUACUAUGAACUUAUGCAGAAAUGCUGGGACCAUGAUGCAGAAAACCGGCCAACUUUCAGUGAAAUGUACAUUAUGUUACCUCAGAUGCGACCAACGCAAGUUAAAGCCAUCAAAGAUUUCCCUGAAGUCACAGUUCCAAAGGACUACAUCUACUACAAAGCCUAUGACGUUAUAACAGUGCUUGAUAAAACUCCAGUGAAGCCACCAGUGGCAGGUCUAUGGAAGGGAGCCCUGGCCAGUGGCAAGACCGGCUACUUCGACCCCUGUAACACUGUCCCCUUCAUUGAGCCCAAGAGUAGCCCAGACAGCACCACGCCAAAGAAAACAAUCAUGAGGAAAGACUCAAAGCGUUCGGGAAGUAAAAAGAUCCGACCGGACAUGAUCAGUCGACCACAGAAUGAUCUGCGCCACACAGGUCACAUUGGCUAUGACGGGGCCAUAUUUGGAGAUGUGGGCUUCAUAGGAGACAACUAUGACAAACUGCCUUUCAAAACUGCAUCCAUAGGAAGACUCGACGACAGUCGUAACUCCAUCAACCUUUCACGUCUGUCAGACAGUCCGGACCGAGAUCGUGUUCAGCUCAGCUUGUCGGACUCCUCUCUCCAUGCAAUGCCUCCGUCCCGAUCAAAUGGCUACGGGAAGUCAUGGAUAAGCGUUGAGUCUCUGGAGUCGCAGUCAACUGGACGGACAGACGAACGCGAGGAGAAAGAUGCCUACCUGGAUAUUGACGAUGACUCGCUCCUGGCAGACUUCAAGAUGCCAGACCUAGGGUCAUCUCUGGACUUUGGGGGCUCGUUUAUGGAUGAGGUCCUGAAAGCACUCAACGAGAAGGAAUCCCAGCUGGAGUCAACCAAUGAAAAAGUGUCUACAGGUUCCCAGGACGACGUGUUCACCAUUGGAACCAGGAACCGUUCCAUAUCACCGCAGGGUCAUGCGGCGCCGCCACCGUUACCAUCACAACCACCUAGAGCUGAGACGAAGGCAUCAAUUACCAAACCUGAACCACCUCGAAAACAGGCUAAGGUGAAACCAAUGUCAACGUCAGACGAGAAAAUGAUGGAGGAAGCAAUAAGCCUAGCAACUGAGCUGGAUUCUCACACGUCUCGAGCUCAGAUGAUGGGGGAAGAUCCGUUUGACGUGCCAGAUUCAUCAGACCGUGACGGGGGUACCAGUAGUGGUUCACCUAGCAUGUUGCAAAAGAUUCGCGCCUCAAUAAAACGGGAGCAGAAAGUGGAGCGACAAAGAACAUUCUCAGACAGCUUGAAACAGGAUUCCGAUAACGAGAUCCCGCCCGAGGCACAGGAAGCGUAUAACAUGCUGGUAGUUCAUGGGUCUGUGAAGGAGGGCUCAAGGGGGUAUCCGCCUCGGGUUGAUAGCAAACGUGAAUCUCUCGGCAGUAACAAUAGUGGUUCUGGACAUUCUGGUCACAACUUUGCGUACGCUGACUCAAGUAAUUCUAGCCUUUCACAAACCCCCGAUAGGUCGUCUCCUGCUAAAUCGUUAUCUACGUCUAGGCAGUCCUCUGAACAUGGGUCGCCGUCACCUCCUGUGUUGCCACGGCAACUCAGCAGGGGGGCAGUCCCCACCCAGACUCAGCGACCUUCCCCUGUCCCGCGAGUGGAGCCCCCUACACCUCCAAAGAGAGGUGAACCCCCUGUGCCAAAGCCUCGACCAGAAAUUCAGAGGGUGGAGCCAACAUUUAGAGCUACUCCCCCACCAGUGCCUGCUAAAGACUUUGAUAUCAGAGUAGAUGGUGCCAGUAGAGUUGAUGGCUCCAGUAGAAGUCCCUUGCCUAUAGAAUUAAGUGCUAAAGACAGUUUGUUUGAAGUUUCUGCCCCGAUUGCAAUACUAUCGGCACCACUCGCUGUUGGCGAGAUUGAGACUGAGUGGAAACGGUCUGAGGAGAGCCUGAAAAGUGACCGCAACUCUCAGGCCUUCAGUGACAGUGGAAAGUUGGACAGUUUAAACACUAGCAUAGACUCUGGGGGACGAAAAUCAACAAGUCCCUCGGAAGCGUCUCAGUCAUCAGCUUCUAAGUUUUCGUUUUUCGAGGAAGAGAUAUCUGAGCCUUCCCCAAGGGAGAUUAUGAGCAAACUGGCACGGGAAAGUCGUCUGCGCCGCUCUUUGGACCACCAGCGUGGGGUAACGGGCGACGUCGGGGAAACCACCCCAAACCGGAAUCUCAGAGAACCGCAGGGCAUCCCGGGAAAGGCCCCAAUCUCACCAGGGACGACAGGGAGUGGUGACGAGGAGGUGGACACCAACCCACUGCGGAUGCUCCGGGGAGGAGUGAUACCCCCUGUACGGGGGGCCCGGGUCGGAUCAGGUAUGAGCUCCUCUAGUAAACCCACCCUCCGGCAUCCCAAACUGCAUUUCUCCUCCGCGAAUCCCGGAUCUCCGAUGCUCCAGCAUUCACUUAGCAUGGAAACAGGUCGAGACAAACCAGCAACCCCGGAAAUGGAACCGGACGAAUCCGCCCCGGCUUUACCUCCCAGGGAGACGAAUGGUGAAGAAAUAGAACUGCUGCAGAAGCUUUUUGGAAGUGAUGUUACCAAGGAGGAUUGCCGCGAGGCUCUACAGGACACAAGGUGGGACAUUCACAAGGCCGUCAAGCUCAUCAAACUCAAACAAUUGCUCAGCAUUCAGCUCGGGGAUGUGAGCCGCUGCAAAGAGGCUCUGCUGGCGUGUGACUGGAACAUCCAGGGCGCGGCGGACUACCUCCUCAACCAGGAGUCAGCGGCCCGUCAUCACCACCGGCGCCAAGGGUCACCGCCAAGUCCUGAAACAGUAGAUGUGUGACCUUGACCUUGAGUUAAGGGAUUUAAUUGUUAUCAUUUAUAAGUUUGAGUUUGACUCGAUCACAUUUUUGUGGAAGUUUGUCCUGUUGAGAAACACAUAGUGGGGUGUAUCCUCUCAGCUUUGUGCGAGACCUUAACCUUGCGUAAUUUGAGUAUACUUUUGAACAGUGGUGUAAUUUAGCCUUGCUGAGAAAGACUUUGUAGAGUGUAUCCUCACAAUGUGUAAUGUAUCCGUGGAUAUCUCUUCAGAAUAUCAUGUGCAAUUAACUCCAAGAUCAGCAAAUGUUGUUAGAAUUAUGUUGUUCAAAUUUUGUGUUUAAAUCUGUAUUUACUAGAAUAUAUGUGUAAAUAUUUCUACGUUAGUUUAUCAUAGAUUAGGUAUUUAAAUGCUAUAAUCUAUGCAUUUUGUUCUGUUUGUCUGUUUGUACCUUUUCUUGUUUUGUUGACAUAUUUUCAAUAUUUGACCAAAAUGGAUUUCUUCAUUUUCUUGCCAUUUCAUGUGUAUGUACAAUCAUCCAUUUCAUAUUUUUUGCAUUUAAUAAGUAGUUCUGAACUCAUUGAAAAUAUUUGUGAAUCUUGUAUUUGAAGUCCCGAAGGUUGUACAUGUAGUAAUUUAUCACUUAAAAUUUCAAUGCACAUUUUGUUUUAAUAUGAAUACAUUCAAAAAGUUAUAUCUUAUGAUGAGUAAAAGUUACUGGUCUAACAUAUUUGUUUUUUCCCUCACAAGGUUUAAAAAUACAUAAACAUUUUACUGAAGAAACUGUACACCACUUUGUAAGUUUGAUAAGUAUACACAUUUCUAAAGCAUUAUAAUGACAAAAAUACCAAAAGUUACAUGUAUAUUUAAUACCAGUUUUAUUAAUUACGAGUUGAAAACAUAAAAGCUGUGACUCCUCAAACUGGGCUUAAGGCAAAAAAUUACAGACAGAUCUUUGAUGGUUUUACCCCAGACUAAAGGAGACAUGUGAAUUUCCAAAGUACAUAUAUGCUCAAUAUUCUAGGUACUGCUAUUUAUUGGUUCAAUCUGCUGAUUGUUUUUUAUUUGUUCGCAUGGGUGAUAUGCUCUUCCAAUUUCUUCUUUUACUUUGUAUGUUCUUGUACUGCUAACUGUUUUGUAACUUGUUUUACUUGAACAAUUAUGCUUAGUUUGUUGUCAGAUUUGUUUUCCACUGCCACCUUUUUAUUAAGCAAACCUUUACAUCCAGCAGUAUUUAGCAUUUAAGAUUUGUCAACUUCAUGCAAUUGUGCAACACAUUUGCUUUACUAAGGUAGUGUUAAUUGGCUACAUUUACAUGUAUAUUCAACUGACGCAGAACAUAAAGUUUACUUGUUUAUGAAAUUUAAGAUAUAUUGUGAUUAUACUUGAACCAGGUUCUUAAAAUGUUUACUUUUGAAAGCUCAAUUUGUCUUCAAGUGUUGGAGGUUAAUUUCCCUCUUCCUGAACUUUUGACAUUACACAUCUUUGUUGAUUGAUGGUAUGAAUAUUCCAUAUAUUUCUUCCUUUUGCAAUUUUAAAUAUUCAAGAAGAAUCUUCAUUUUGAUGUUUGUUUCAUAUUCACAGGUUUAGAUUUCUCAUACAUGUGCUCUCAUUUCAACUGUUGUUAACUGCUUUAAUCCUGUUUGUUUUUUAAGUGCUCAAUACAUUUUGCGUAAAUCAGCUGGAAAAUCACGUCAGAUUUGUUAAGAAAUAGCACAUACUUACAUUUUCCCUGCUUUAAUUAUGUACUUUUGUGAAUGUUAAGUUGAUAAUAGGCAAGAAAAGGUUGAUCUAACCUUUAUUAACAGUUUAUUAUCAUGCAAUGUAACAUCUUACGUACAUACUGUCUGAAAUUGCACAUUUUGCCUAAUCAACAUAAUUUUAUCAACAUUAAUUUUGUAUAAGCAUUUGUGCAUGAAUUCACUCAUUUUACCUCUCAGAAGAUAUGUAAUAAUUAUAGGUUGAAUUAAGUUAUCUUCAUAGCAGUAAUGUCUUACCAUACGUCAAUAAAUUAUUUUGAUGAAGUUGCAUGGGGAGCUUUGCCACUGAUAACUGACAAUUCAUUUCUUAAAAGGUUCAAGUCUUGAAAAUGUUCAUGGCUACACCUCUUGUGCAUUUUUUUUUCUGUAACCACUUGUGAAAUAAAAUUUGUUUGAACACCAAAAUCAACCAAAAUCGUCUACAUCGUGCAUGGAUUCCUAAGAUUUAAGGACAAGGAAACAUAAUUUUUUGCAAUAUAUAUGGGCGCUUGUUAAAUUUUGAAGUAGAUUCAUCAUUUUCUAGUGCCUACACUACCAAUAUAUAUUUUUUUUAUAUAACUUUGUGAAGGAACAACCCCUGCAUGUAAGAUGCUCAAUGCCUUUAGGUUGUGACAUGAAUAUUUGUACAUGAUGAUGAAUCAAGUAAUGACAAUGGCUGCAGAAUCACAACAUACCGGUAAUACGAGUUGCACUAUUUUGUUGUGUACUUCUAGCUGAAUAUUGCAGAUCAAAAAUGAAAAAUAAAGUAACUGUUAUCAUUGCGUACACUGAUGAUAGCGAUUUGUCAAUUAUCUUAUUAAAAUAGGUCGUGUAAGAGCCUUACUGUUUAAGCUUUUUGAGCAAAGUUUGACUUAAGAAAAUGUUUUUGGCACUAUUAUUUGUUGAAAGUCACUUCUUUCUUAUUUAAAACUAGGUACAAUAAGAAACUUAUUUUGUGUUUUAAAACAGAAUAAAAUAUAUAAGGCAGAGUAACCUUUGCAUAUAAAAGACACAGGCCUACUUAGAUCUGUGAAAACAUUAUUGUUGACUUGGUAUUAGUUUCGUUAGAAUAGACGAGAACAUGGAUUUUUUGUAACGUCAUUGUUUUCAUUUAUUUGUUCACAGUUGCGUUUAUUUUGAUGUUUGUUCUUUGGGAAUAUUUUGUACAAUGUGUUACAGUUCUGCAUUUACCUUUUGUAUGUAACAUAUAAAUACAUUUGUAUUAAAUUAUUUAAUUUUGUGUUUGGAAUAACAUUUAUAGCAAAUAUAUUGCAUUAAUUUCAUUCUACAGACUAUAACUGUUCUGUUGCUUUUUGGGAAAAACGACGGACCAGGAAUAAAAAAAAGCAGAACAUAUUUAUAUCUUAGAGCAAUAACUCAAUGGAUGAUCGGGAAAAUAUUAGCACUUAGUGUAUUAUUGAACUUUCGUUAUAUGAGUAUUUCAACCUGCUGCCAAUGGAGGCAGUUUGAUAAAGGCAUUUUUCAGUCAGACUUUAAAAGCUUUGGUAAAUAGUUUAGUCUUGUGUGCAUAUAUAAUGUGCAAAAUGCUAGAUAGCUCAUCUUUAUCCUGUAUGUAACUGAGUCUGUGCCAUAUGCAGUUGUCAGUCAGCCACAAACGUUCAUUUAUUAUUAUAUAUUUACUAAAUAUAAAGCAGUAACACACAUAUGAUGUAAGAAUUUCUUAUUAAAACGCUGUUAAA